GCUAGCUGAGUGUGUACUUUCUGCAGCUCUACCUUCUGUUGUCACCCGCGGGGACCUGGACUAGAAAUACCAGUCAACUAGUUUAGAAAACCGUUAACAUUAUCCGGAUCGUCUGAGAGUCCGUGUCGGGGCCGUCGCGAUGGCUCUGCAAGGCCCGGAGGAGCUGGGGGAGCAGGUCGAGGAGCCGGAGGAUCUGGACGACCAGGACGCUAGUAGCAUCUCCCCGGCCGAGGAAAUAACUCUGCCUCCCGGGCCCGGAGGCGACGACGAGCCGGAGGAGGCUCUCCUGCUGCCCUGGGACCGCUUCUCCGCCUGGCUGCACUGCAUCUGUGUGGUCGGCUUCGACUUGGAGCUGGGGCAGGCGGUGGAGGUUAUUUACCCUCAUCAUUCCAAACUGUCGGAGAAAGAGAAAACAAGCAUCUGUUACCUGUCCUUUCCUGACUCCAACUCAGGUUGCCUUGGCGACACGCAAUUCUGCUUCCGCUUUCGUCAGGGCUCCAACAGGAAGUCAUCGCUCGGCUGCUUCCUGGAAACCACCGACCGAGAUGCACCUCCCUGUCUGAAGAGGGAACAGGGUCAUUACUAUGGUUACGUGUACUUCCGUCAGGUGCGAGACAAAUCCCUGAAGAGAGGAUACUUCCAGAAGUCUCUGGUCCUGAUCAGUAAGCUGCCGUAUGUGACCUUCUUCCACUCCCUGCUGAAAAUCAUGGCUCCCGAAUACUUCGAGAAACAGGAGCCCUGUCUGGAGGCUGCUUGUAAUGACAUCGACCGCUGGCCGACGCCCCAUCCUGGUCGAAUCCUCACACUUCCCAUCAUGGGUGUGGUCAUCAAGGUUCGAAUCCCGACCUGUUACGACAAACCUGGAACCUCACAGCUGGUCCAGUCCGCCCAGAGCGACAGUCAGGUGUCCAUCGUGCUCCCGACCAUCCACGAGGUCGACCUCUUCAGGUGUUUCUACCCGGUCUUCUUCCACAUCCAGAUGCUGUGGGAGCUGGUGUUGCUAGGGGAGGCAUUGGUUGUCAUGGCGCCAUCGCCAGCAGAGUCGUCGGAUACCGUGCUGGCGUUAGUCAGCUGCAUCUCUCCUCUGCGUUACUGCAGUGACUUCCGGCCGUACUUCACCAUCCACGACAGCGAGUUUAAGGAGUACACCACCAGGACGCAGGCGCCGCCGUCAGUCAUUCUGGGAGUGACCAAUCCCUUCUUUGCGAAAACCCUCCAACACUGGCCGCACAUCAUCCGCAUCGGAGACAUGAAGCAAGCAGGAGAGAUGGCCAAGCAGAUGAAAGUCAAGAAACUGAAAAAUCUCAAAACUCUGGACUCUAAACCUGGUGUUUACACAGCAUAUAAGCCGUAUCUCAACAAAGAUGAGGAAAUCAUCAAACAGCUUCAGAAGGGUGUUCAGCAGAAGCGACCCUCAGCGGCCCAAAAUGCAAUUCUUCGACGGUAUUUCCUAGAACUGACACAGAGCUUCAUCAUUCCUCUGGAGCGGUACGUGGCCAGUUUGAUGCCUCUCCAGAAGUCCAUCAGUCCCUGGAAGAGUCCUCCUCAACUACGGCCGUUCAUCCAGCAGGACUUCAUGAAGACUCUGGAGAAAGCUGGACCUCAGCUCACAUCCAGGCUGAAAGGAGACUGGAUAGGACUCUACAGGCAUUUCCUCAAGUCUCCCAACUUUGACGGCUGGUUCCGUAACAGGAGGAGAGAGAUGACUCAGAAACUGGAGGCUCUGCACCUGGAGGCGCUGUGUGAGGAGGACCUGCAGCAGAGAGUCCAGAAACACUCGGAGGUGGAGACAGUUGAUCUGGUUCUGAAGCUGAAAGAUAAACUGAGUCAGGCGGAGAGGGAGCAGCUCCCGGUGCGUCCGGGGACUCUGUCCAAACUGAGGGCCCACAUAGAGGCCGUCAUCCUGUCCUUACCGGAGGACCUGCAGGGCAUCCUCCACAAGCCCUCCACGCCUUGACCUUUAACCCCUCGGACUUGUUACUGUAACCCCAGGUGGAGCUUGUUUCAAAGUUUGUGGGGGGGGGGUCUCCUCCCAGUCGACUCCCAGGUGGGGGGACCCCCAGUUUACUCAGACUGGGCCCCAGUUUGAGGAUGAAAGCACACAGCGCAUUCUUGUCUCCCAAAAUAUUCAUCCAGUUGUAUUUACUUCUUUUAUUUUUCCUAAAUCGCUGCAGUGGGAUUAUCACCAAACGUGUCGCUCACGCCUCAGUGAUCAUGUGAUGUUCAAACGACAAGCCGGAGGAGGCGGCAGCUGCCUGACGUUAACACCUCCAACGAGGUUUCAGGAGGUGAAACAGCCUUUAAAAAUUCUGAGGAGGUUUUUCAUCACAGAGACGCCAUCAGAUAAAGAAAGGAGCGCUUCAUUCGUCGCAGCUUUGCUCUCCCAGCGUGUGGCUCAGAACCAGAGCUUCAUUUGAGCCUUUGGUGGCCUGUGUGCUGAAGGAUUUGCCAUCACCUUGACGGUAAGAGCAGGAAGAAGAACCGAGCUGACCUUUGACCCUCAGCAUUUUUACCUCUAACUGUUUUUAAUUUUUUACCUUUUUUUUUUUUUUUUAAAACUUUGACAACGAACUGCUGCAGUCCAGCAGAACUGACUGGAGUUUUUCAUCCAUUUUUAAAAGAUUUUAAAUGAAGUGCACUUCAUCCCUAACUGGACCAGUGUGCCCUUCUCUCUCUCUCUCUCUCACACACACACACACACACACACACACACACACACACACAC